AUGCACGUGGCACUCAAAGGGGGAUGGGAAGCACUCCUUGAGGGGCGCAUAUUCUCCCUUGGAGGUGUUGAGGAAGAAAUGGGAGCCGGCGUCACCGGCCAGGCAGAGCGAUUCGAUAGCGGCGCCUUCGUGGCACGACGCGAGAAUCUUCUUGCCGUGGAUCUCCUUGCUGGAAGAGUAAACCACCAGCUCAAAAGGCUUCGACUGGAUAUACUGGGCGGCGGCGGCGUGAAUCAGUGCCAGGGAGGACAAAGCGGCGGCGACUUUCAUCUUUGCGGUGAUUGCGAAAAAUAA